AUGGAUCAAAGAUUUGCUCCUGCAAUAGCCGUUGCUUCAAUGUCUAAGAAGGAAAAACCCCUGCUGGAACACAAACCUCUGUUGUACUGCCGAUACAUAGAUGAUUGUUGCAUUAUAUGUCUAAUGCAAGCUGAAAUAGACGCUUGCUUCGAUCUUUUGAAUAAACAACAGGGGUCAGAAGCGGAGGCAUCGUUACUAGUUAAUACUAGCGGCGCAACUCUCACAACUGGUGGUCCGCUAACAUCACGAUUUCGUGGCUAUCAAGGCUCUGAAGAAGGCGACGACGCCGAAACGUUAGCCAGAAUAAAGAUCAAUAACAAUCUUGGUUCAGCUUAA